CCUUCUCAUAAGUCUCAUAAUCAGAUUUCAGAAGCAUUUAAGUUACUCUGCUGCUUCUCUUUACCAAAAGGCCUAAAAGGCAUCUUCUUGUUGGUCUUGGUUUUUAAACAGUAUGGAAGAAUCUGUUAAGCUCAGGAGGGAUAGCGCCAUUCUUGGUUUGGUUUUAGAUCAUGUAUUGCGCUAUCCAUCCUGAGUUUCAUGGCUUCUUCUUGCUCUCUCUCUCUCUCUCUCUUCUUUGCAGCCAAGCCAGGGGAUUGAAGCUUGUAGCCUUGAUUUAAAAACUGAAGUGUUAAUGGAGUGAGUGGCUGGGGAGAACAGCACUAAUAGAGAACAACCAUGAACGUAUGCAGACGCAAAAUGUAUACAACCAGCGCUAGUUAAUAGAUAGAGAAUAACAAUGAACAUAUGCAAAACAUAUAAGAACAUCGCUAGUAUAGAGAACAACCAUGAAAUAGGAGCUCUUCUCAGAUAUGUCUGUUCAUCUUCUCCCAAAAUAAAAACAAAGAACGUGAGAAUCAGGCAUAGGAGGGUGAGAUUUUUUAUGGGGUUUGGUAUUUAUAUCACCUACUCAAAAGUACCACACAAUACAUCAUUUAAUGAAAUACUUCAAAAUCGGUAAGUUUUUGAAUACCACGGUACUUUGUCUUAUCUUUUAAAAGUCCUAAUUGAAUAUCACCAGACUUGUAUUUAUGAUUUAAAAAUCCUAAUUGAAUACCACCAGAUUUUUAUUGAUUACUUACAAAUCCUAAUUGAAUACCACUGGAUUUUUAAGCUGCAAAACAAUCCAUUAAAAUCUCAAUUGAAUACAACCCCUAAAAAUAGCAUUGUUUAAUUUCAUGACCCAUUGGGCUUCAAUUCAUGGCAACCAUACACUUUUUAGCCGCUCCGUAGGCCCGUUAGGCCCAACAAGAGAUAUUUUCAGAGCGCCAAAUCUAACCGUUAAAAUCGUAAAUAAGAUAAAACAACACAGAAACAUAUGGUUGCAGGCCUUCCUCAGCAUUACACACUGUUUCUUCAUAAAAGGAGUCUUCGUUUUGUCUGUUUAAGAAAUUUGAAAUGGCGAGUGGUCUCUCACACCACCUUCUCUGUAUAUAUUCUUCAAAAACCAACCCACCAUUUUCUAAAACACAAGCACUGAUCAGAAACCCAAAACGUUCCAUUGGUCUCCGGACCCUCCUCAAGUCAUCGUCUCCCAAAAACUCCAACACUUCACUGCAAAGCUCGCCGGAAGAACCAAAGCCCAUUGUCACUCCUAAACGGACCAAUCGCCCCGGCCCAAACCCACCUUCCAAAUUGUCUUAUUUUGACUCCUUCUUCAUUCGGCUUCGCCGCUUAAGAGAUGAAAGUUUUAUGUUUGAUGGGAUUGCGGCGGACAUUUUGUCAAUUGCUUUGCCUGCAGCUCUGGCUCUGGCUGCUGACCCCAUCACCUCUUUGGUUGACACAGCCUUUGUUGGGCAUUUGGGGUCUGUUGAAUUGGCAGCAGUUGGGGUGUCUGCUUCAGUAUUCAACUUAGUUUCUAAAUUGUUUAACGUUCCAUUGCUCAACAUCACCACAUCUUUUGUUGCUGAAGAGCAGGCAUUGGCUAUUAAGGCCGAGGAUAGUUCAAAUUCAAUUGGUCCUGAUGAUUGCCAGGGUGAUAGCCAAAGCAAGAAGCUCCUUCCCUCGGUAUCAACUUCGUUGGCUCUUGCUGCCACCAUUGGCAUUGCUGAAGCUGUUGCACUUUUUCUUGGCUCGGGUGUGUUGAUGAAUGUCAUGGGUAUACCUGCUGAUUCACCCAUGCGAAUACCUGCCGAGCAAUUUCUUGCCCUAAGGGCAUUUGGUGCUCCACCCAUUGUAAUUGCACUUGCUGCACAAGGCACAUUUCGUGGAUUUAAGGACACGAAGACACCUCUGUAUGCCGUUGUUGCUGGCAACGUACUUAAUGCUGUAUUGGAUGGGAUAUUGAUAUUUAUUUUCAAUUUUGGAAUUCGCGGUGCCGCUAUUGCUACGGUGAUUUCUGAGUAUUUGAUCGCUGCUAUUCUUCUGUGGAAGUUGAAUAGCAAAGUGUUCCUUGUCCCUUCUUAUAUUGAUGGGAGAAGAAUCAUAGGUUACCUUCAAUCUGGGGGUCUUCUUAUUGGCAGAAGCUUAGCAGUGGUGUUAACUACGACACUAGCCACAUCCGUGGCAGCUAGAGAGGGCCCUAUACCUAUGGCUGGUCAUCAGAUUUGCAUCCAAGUUUGGUUGGCAAUAUCUUUGCUUACAGACGCUUUAGCACUUGCUGGUCAGACACUUCUUGCCAGUGGUUACUCCCAACAAAAUUAUGACCAAGCACGCCGAGUUAUAUAUAGAGUUAUACAGCUUGGCCUAGUGAUGGGAACUGGUUUGGCAGUUAUAUUGUUCAUCAGUUUUAAACCGUUUUCUAGCUUAUUCAGCACAGAUCCACAAGUUCUUGCAAUUGCAUGGUCUGGUAUAUUGUUUGUUGCUGGAUCUCAGCCAAUAAAUGCUCUAGCAUUUGUUCUUGACGGACUGUACUAUGGAGUUUCAGAUUUUGGAUAUGCUUCCUAUUCGAUGGUACUUGUAGGACUGAUUUCUUCAAUCUUCAUUCUUGUUGCUUCUCCUGCUUUUGGCCUUGCUGGAGUCUGGACUGGGUUGUUCCUCUUCAUGGCAUUGCGUGUAAUAGCUGGAAUGUGGAGGUUGGGCACAAAGAGUGGACCAUGGAAAUUGGUCUGGGAUAAAAGGAAGCUGGAAAGUUAGUGUGACAUAGGCUCAAUCUCCUAGUAAAGGAGAACACAAACUAAUCAGGGGAUUUCGAACACAAGUAACUGCUCCAAGGUUUGAUGCUGAUGGAGUAAUCUGUUGUCUCUGCUCCAGUGAUGACAUGGGUUAUGUUCUGGUGGUCAAGGGCCAAUCCAAUUACUAAGACCGGCCAGAUCAACAAGAAGGUGGCUUUUAUUGAGCUUCUGGCUACUCACUGGAUUUAGUAUGCGAAGGACGCAGAAGUUGAUCAGAGUUCCAAACCAAGAUUUCUUCCCUUCCAUACUUAACCAGGUUCUUGUAGUUUAGGGGCUUUUUGAAUUUUGUAUAUAAAUUAAUGCUGUUCAUGUUUCUCACAACUGUAGCCCCCAAAAUGUCUCAGAUAUAUACAUUUUCUCAAGGAAAAAAGGCAACCAUUUGUGACAAAAUAAUAUCAGAUGAUUUAUGAACAGUUUUAUUGUAAGGAA